CUCACACACUGUUUUCCUGUAACAUGUAGCUUCCUGAUCUAUAACAUAUAAGGAAGUCAUUCUAUGUAAUAUGUAAUCUGUCAUAUCGUAAUGAUACCUUGAAAGGGAGAGCAAAAAAGCUUUGGAUCAUGGCCAUUCGGUGUGUAAUACUAAUAUUAUCAUUUGUCUUCUUCCCAGGUGAGUCCUGAGACAUGUUUUUUGCUAUAAGAGAAUACUGUGUUAUUAUUAGAGAAUUAUUAACUCUGUCUGUGCUGUAUGUUAUACAAGCCAAAGUGUAUCCAACGUCGAGUAGAUAAAACCAUAUGUGAGAACCGCUCACCUGAAUUUGCAAGCGGUCCACUGAAUGACCAGUCAUUUCAAUGUGUACAGAGAUCUGCGCGGACCAUAUAAAACUAGCUAUAAUGCUACUUUAACCCCGUUAAGUCCAAUGACAGUCUAAGAUAUCAUAAGCUAUUCUUUACGGCUGUCAAUCUAACAAGUAUUGGCACGCUCGAUUAGUGGCUGGUGGACUACAUAAAUUAGCCAAAACAAAAUAAACCGUACUUUCCCCUCUGGUAUGAAUUCUGGAUUACGAUGGACGGCCGCAAAGCGCAACAUUUGAUUGUUAAAGGACCAGUAUAGUGCCAGGAAAACAUACUCUAUAGUGCCCUGAGGGUGCCCCCACCCUCAGGGUCCCCCUCCCACCCGGCUCUGGGGAGAGGAAAGGGUUAAAACUUACCUUUUUUCCAGCGCCGGGCGGGGAGCUCUCCGCCUCCGAUCCUCCCCUUCGGCUGAAUGCGCACGCGCGGCAGGAGCUGCGCGCGCAUUAAGACGGUCUCAUAGGAAAGCAUUUACAAUGCUUUCCUAUGGACGCUUGCGUCUUCUCACUGUGAUUUUCACAGUGAGAAUCACGCAAACGCCUCUAGCGGCUGUCAAUGAGACAGCCACUAGAGGAUUUGGAGGCUGGAUUAACCCAUUUAUAAACAUAGCAGUUUCUCUGAAACUGCUAUGUUUAUAAAAAAAAGGGGUUAAUCCUAGAGGGACCUGGCACCCAGACCACUUCAUUAAGCUGAAGUGGUCUGGGUGCCUAGAGUGGUCCUUUAAGGUGUUAACAUACUUAUCAUGCUAUCAUAAAUUAAGUCAAUCUUAAGUAAGGCCAUGGCCUCAUUUAUUUUGCUAUUACAAUAGAUCAGUCCAUUAAACUAGGUUACUUGCAUGGUACAUUAUAUCUCCUGCCGUACUGGGACUCUCCCAAGAAGAGGUUAAAAAUUGAUUUUAAGAAUCCACCUGUGUUAUUAUGUAUCUCUGUAAGCUUGUUUAAGUAAGUGUGGCUUGCUUGCAUGGCGUGCUGUGACCUCUGUACACAAUCUAAUUAUUGGUUUUGAGCAUGAUCUGUCUUUUUCAAUGUCCCUGUUUUUGUUUGCUUUUUGUAUAUGGAAAGUACAGCCAAGGGUUAAAACACUCCUCUUGCCAUAGGUGUCUCAUAAAAAAUGUUGAUAAGCAACCAUAUCGUAUGGGAAAGUCCCAGUAAAUAUUUAUUUGAAGGGAAGAGUUGCAGGUAGGAUUAACCCCUUUAUAGCAGUCAAAGUGUGUGACCUGUCAUAAUAGCAUAAGGCUUGCCAAAUUCUUGAUCCUGAAUUGGUUAAAGGACCACUAUAGUGCCAGGAAAACAUACUCGUUUUCCUGGCCCCCACCCUCAGGGACCCCCUCCCGCCCGGCUCUGGGGAGAGGAAAGUGGUUAAAACUUACCUUUUUCCAGCGCUGGGCGGGGAGCUCUUCUCUGAAACUGCUAUGUUUAUAAAAAAAUGGGUUAACCCAGGGGGCGGAGCCUGGCAGCGCAACUGAAUAGACGCCAUUUUCAUAGCUCCGAGCGCUGAUCAGCCUAAUCUCUAAAAUAUCACCUGCAUCCGAGCCAAACCGCCUGCACAGAGGGCAGAGUUCGAUGGAGCUAACCGCCCUGAAUCUGCCGAUGCCUUUUUUACACACCCCGGGCAAGAAAUACCAGACCCGCGGCACCAAGGCCUACCGCGCCAUCAAACACUCUCCGGCAGCAUACGGAGGCCCACUAGACUGGGACGACGCCGACCUUCUACCUUGGCUAACAGGUAAUAUGGGGAGGAAAACCCCGAAACCGCCUGCUCCCAUGCCCAAGACACAACAAAACAUAAGUCAAAUGCUGCAAUACACGGCGCCAGCGACAAUUUCACCGGCGCAGGAGGCCUCACUUACCCGGGAGCCUUCAUUCGCACGAGACAGCGACGAGACCGCGCAUCAAAGCCUGAAGCCGAUACAAAGAGAACCACCCAGCCCAAAGGAGACAGAAGCUCCGCCUACAAAACGGGAGCUUAGAGAAAUGCUCACCGGUCUCCAAAAUAACCUUAGGGCAAUAUGGGAGGCGGACCUGGCAGCUCUCACGACCGAAGUACAGGCCGUGAAAAGGCGCACACAGACAACUGAAAGGAAUGUGACAGACCUGCAACAAGGCCUCAAAGAACUGAGCGAUAAAGUACAAGGUAUCCAGACUACACAAGCUGAAACAAACAAGCAGGUGCUCAUCCUGGAUGACAGGGGCAGAAGAAAGAACAUAAAGGUGAGGGGAGUAUCAGAAACUAUACCCCUAGAAGAAUUACCGCACUUCAUUAGAAGGCUAGUGUCGGCACUACUAUCAACAAGAGAGGCUAAAUACCUCUCCUUUGAUGGGGCAUACCGAAUAUCCAAAUCCCCAAGAGCCCCUGCAACUGCACCACGAGACAUUAUUCUCAGGUGUCAAACAAUGUCCAACAAAUUAAGCCUGCUAGCAGCGAUAAAAGGGAAGACGCCAUACGAAUUUGAGAACUGUAAAAUCUCGUUCUUCCAAGACCUAAGCAGGGCUACGCUACAGUGGCGGAAAACCAUGCAGCCCCUCACGCAGAUCUUGCAGAAAGCGGGCCUGACCUACAGAUGGGCGACACCGCACAACCUAUGGAUCACUAAAGAAGGAAAGUUCUACAAAGCUACGGACCCAGCAGACAUUCCCGCAAUACUGGCAGCACUGGACUUACAACCACAACGGGGCCUCGAACACGCAUCACCGGACACACAACCUCUACUGGACACUGACUCAGAUACGUCCUCAUCCGACAUUAGAAGAGACAGGAGGCCAAAGACUUGAAUUAAUCAACACACCUGAGUACCUUAAGUUAUAGGGACAUUCGAGAGACUUUCCUAGCUAUGCAAUGACUUUUAUUUAUUUUAUUUUUUUGUUGUUCUGUUUCUGUUUAUGCAAAUCAACACACAAUUUCUUAGCUGCGCACAGAGAUUCAAGGGCACACACAGCGCCCACAGCACGCCCAGGGACUUUCUCCCCCCCCCUCCCUAUCACACCCAACAUGCCAGAGAGACACGACAAGGGGACAAGGGACCACACAAGGAAGAGGGCCACACACUAAAUCUAGGGCCAAGAGCAACUAUCACAUAGGGCUGACAACACAUAGGAACCAAUGCGCCUCAGACCCAUAAGCACCCAAGAGAAACAAACUCGCAAACCUCACUGGCAUAUAUACUACGAGACGUCACACAUAGCGGGAGUUUAACAACCCAUACACUGACUAACUCGUUACAACCAACAGACUACCACACUAUUAAAAAUGUGCAACAUGAUACCCAGCCAAUGUCUUCAUAUGUGAUAUGUACACCUGUUCCAGACUAGAUAGUAAAACUUAUGUAUCAAGACUUGAACGCAAAAUGUAUGUAUGAUACAUGCUAACAUGCACCAAAAAUAAAGAAUUAUAAAAAAAAAAUAAAAAAAAUGGGUUAACCCUAGCUGGACCUGGCACCAGGACCGGAUUAACAUAGGGGCUGAUGGAGCUGCAGCUCCAGACCUAGGCCCAUGGAAUAGGCCCAUUUAAAAAAAAAAAAAUAACUUUUUUUUUUUUUACAAACAUUACUCAGGUUUGCCACCUGACUGGUAUUUUACCAAUAUUUUAGGCUGCCUGGCCGUGCUGGUAUUGCAGUAAUACCGGCAAUACAAAUGCAGGAAUUUUUCACAUUAUAAAUGGAGAUUACUCUGUAAUAUCAGCACUAACCAGUAAGGGUCACUGUGUGUGGAGAGAGGCAGGGAUAGGAAGUUACAGCAUCUCCCUCCCUGCCUCUCUCUACUCACUGAUCUGCAGGGGAGCAGUUACACAGCACAAAGAAUCUAGACAGCAGCUCCCAGCCUGCAGAGACAGCCUACAGCUCAGGUAAGUGAAGGAUGGGGGGAAAGGCAGCAGGGAGACAUGGGGACACUGAGACACUAGGGGACACAUGGAGACACUGAGACACUGUGAGACAUGGGGAUGCUGAGACACAUGGGGCAUUGGGAGACACACUGAGACACAGAGACACAUGGGACACAGUGUCCCCAUGCCUCCAAGCCAGUGUCCCUAUUGUCUCAGUGUCCCUGAGUCUCCCAGUGUCCCCUAGUCUCCCAGUGUCUAUGUCCCCAUGUCUCUCAGUGUCCCUAGUGUCUCAGUGUCCCCAUGUCUCCCAGUGUCCCCAAAUGUCUGUGUCCCCAUGUCUCCCAGUGUCCACGUCUCCCAGCCAGUCCCCCUAGUGUCUCAUUGUCCCCAUGUCUCCCAGUGUCCCUACGUCUCCCAGCCAGUGUCUCUAGUGUCUGUGUCCCAUGUCUCUCAGUGUCCCCAUGUCUCCCAGUGUCCCCAAGUGUCUCUAUGCCUGUGUCUCCAUGCCUCCCAGCCAGUUUCCCUAGUGUCUCAGUAUCCCCAUGUCUCUCAAUGUCCCUAGUGUCUUAGUGUCCCCAUGUCUUCCAGUGUCUGUGUCUCCAUGUCUCUGUGUCCCUAGUUCUGUGUCCCCAUUUCUCCCAGUGUCCCCAUUGACUUCAUGCUUCACUGGACACUGCUGUUAGGGGGUAUGGAUUUACUUGAAAGAUUAAAGCAUAAAUUAGAGAGAGAUUAGCAUAGAGUAUGUGUUUUCUUAAAGCUGCAUCCUUUGAGUUUCCCUCCAACACCAUCUCCAUUAGAUACUUGACGCUUGAGAGGUACGACUGUUUUAGUGUAUAUGGUCGAUAAGAUUCUUGUCAUGACUGCUAGUGUGGUCCAGCACGCAGAACUAUGUAACAUCUACAUAGACAGAACAGAAAAUGAUAAAACAUAAACCGGUCCUUAGAAUGGCCGGACUAAUACGUUAAAAACAGAAAAUGGUCAAGGGAGCCAAAAAUAUACAAUACCAUUUACCAAGCCAAGUCAGGGAAACCAGGAAUCAGAAUAGUCAAGGUCAAAAUACUGGGAAUAUCAAAAACAGGACAAGAAAACGCACUCUCGGGAUUCAAGGAACCAGGAACGAAAACCACGACAGGGCAAUAACCUAGGUUAAAUAUCCCUCUGGCCUCUGACUACAGAACGUGUGUGUGUGACCCUGGGGGGCCGAGCUAUAUCUGGCUGCGUCCGCGUGUUCGGCACCAUCUUGAACCCGGGCAGGCAGCCAGGAGAACCCGGCAGAGCGGCAACUGACUCGCCGCUGAGCAGGUAAGCUUAGUUCGUUGGUGCGGUUGCACUGGUCCGGUGCGACCACACCUUGCGGCGAGCCGGGGGCUGUGACAAUUCUGUAAUUAGGCCCAUCAUAAUUGUCAGCACCAGGCCCACUGGGCUCUUAAUCUAUUCCUGCCUGGCACCCAGACCACUUCAUUAAGCUGAAGUGGUCUGGGUGCCUAGAGUGGUCCUUUAAGGUGCAAUGUGAGUAGUAAACUUUAAUUGUCUAAUAUAUAAUGGUAUUAAUAUAGUGUUGGGACAGGCAGUAAUUUUUUUAAUAAAUAUGUUUUUAUUGAAAUUUUUUUGAAGUGAAAGCAGAAUAGAGAACUUAUUAAGGGUAAGUGUGCACAUUUUGCGAGGAUACAUUGCAUGGGUGUGUCAAUACACAGGUAUAAUAUCCGUUUUAUCAGUAUAGAGAUCACAUGGUAUGUUCAGCUGGUGAAUCAGUGAAGGUGAAGGCCAAGCGGCCAUGAAGGAGUUAUAACAUAUUGAUCCUCAACUUCGGUAUCUGCAGUAAUUGCCUUCCUAACAAACGCGGAAGUGCCGUUCAGCGGCCAUGCGUCAAUAUAUCUGACUCCUGCAGCAUGUUGGUGGACGCUAGCCGCUGCGGAUCCACACUAACUUGUAACCCCACGUCCGCCCACGGUAUUGACAACGGAAACGAGCGUGUGACGGCACGUAAAGGACGCACACGCAUGUUCUGGGGUCAAAGGACGGGUACGGCCAAUCGGAUCUGAAGGAGGCUUAUUUAAACUCCUUUUGCCUUUUCCACGUUGCCCUGCCGUGGUUUCCCUUGGUGGUUGCCCGAGAGUGUGUUCCUGACUGCUUAUUUCUGGUUAUUGAUGUUGGCUUCGUUUUGACUUCCCUGUAUUGUGGUAUCCCUGACUUUUGGCUUUCCCUCAUCGUUGUGUCUCAUUCUGUGUCCCCGAACUCGGCAAGUAUUCUGACUAUUCUCUGGCACGUUAAGUCCAGCCAUUCUAAGGCCCGGUAAGACGUUACCUUUAGUCCUAGGUGUGAUACAGUUCUGCGUGCUGGAUCAACUAGUAAUCCUGACAGGAGUCUGGCAAUGCACACCAUCGACCACACAGUGCAAGAAAGGAACUGAAAAAAACAAAAAACAAGAGUCUGAUGCAGUGGUGGCCUGGAAACAAAUCCCCAUCUUUUGCAGAACUACAUCUCCCAUGAUGCUUUGCCAGCCUUAUGGGUGAUAAAGCAAAAUGAGGUUUAUAGUUCUGCUACAGUUGGGGAUCUACCUUUUUUAGCCACCACUUGUCUCAAGAGUGAGAGUAGAGGAAGUCAUUAAAGGGGAGAGGAAACUGAGAAAAAGGGAGAUGAUAUAUUAAGCACUAUCAGAAUAAAGAAACGCUGAGUGGUGGGUUUUAAAUAUACCUGUAAAGAUUGCUGCAAGCAGGGAGUACAAUUGAUAGUUGUAUUGAUGGGAUUAACAGUAGCAUAUUCUAAAGGUGGCUGGAACAAUCAAUUAUUUAUACGUCUUACGCAGGUCUGUAGGCUGGAUAGACACAGAGAAGAAAUGAGAGCUUAGCGUCGGGUUAAAGGCCAUAUUAGUUUACCUCAUAAGAGUGGACGAGGGGUGAGGGGCAUGACCUGACUGCUGUGUAGGGGAGACGCAUCUCAGAUGAGCUCCUCCAUAUGACUGCUAUGAAACGCUUUUUACAGCCAACUAAAAAAAUUUAGGUCUAUGCUGCUCGACUUACCUGCUUUGCCGGGAGACAGGAGUUUAUUAACCCCACUGUGGCAAACGGCAGUCAAUCUCCUGAACCGGAGGCACCCCAAAAAUUUGAUCUUGUGCAAGUGUCCUGUCACACCAAGAAAUUCCGCAGCACUGUACAAUAGGUGAACAAGUAUUUGAAACAAGAUGAGUUAGAUACAGAGGAACAGAGGGUGUUGAGAACCCUGCUCAAACGAUCUGGCAUGCUAGAGGGAGUGGGGUAAAGUCACUAAGGGUGCUGCAGAUCCAAUUUUAACAUCUACAGCAGAGAUCCACUCACAUCUGGAGUCAACAAUUCAUCCAAUAUAGGGUUUGUCUAGGGACUGGCAGACCUGUACAGCUAUGGUGGAGCUCAGUGGAUUUACGAUAACAGGAAAGCAAGAUUCAUCAGAUUUCAUCUUCCUCUAUGUGAAACUAGAUCUGGUGGAAGUUAGGGCAAAACCCCAUGGAAUAUGAAGUUUUAUAAAAUGAUGUUCCGAUUGUUUCAUUUGAGCAAGGUGCUUUUCUGUGGACUUUAUGUCAUAUCACUUUCAGCCAGACAUUACCUGGCUGCGAAUGAUGGAUGUUACUGUCCAUAGCACCUGGACCUACUACCUAUUGUCCUCCGUAACUCAAAGCACUGAACCGCUGAACCUAAAGCUUGGGCAAUACCAAUGCUUUCUUCCUUAAUGCUGUGUUUUUUGUAGCUAUUUCAUAAUGUCUUAUAACUGUUUGAUGCUUUUUUCUUUGUUACCUUCACCACAAUCUCUUAAAUAUAUGUGCUAUUUUUAAUGGCACUAAUUCUAUGCCCCAAAAUUAUACCAGACAAUAAAUCUGAUAUUUUUUACAUUGCAGCAUUUGGAAAAGUACCCAAGCCCAUCAAUGUAACUGUGGAGUCCUUAAAUUUCAAGAACAUCUUACGAUGGAGCAUGCCCGACACUGGUGAAAACGUGAAAUAUACGUACACAAUGGAAUACAGCCUGUAGGUCUUAUUCUGCCCAACCAUGAUAAUAAAUUAAUUUGCAUUUCAGGUCGAAGAAAUAUUUAAACAAUAGGUGUGCUCAAGGCGUGUGCCCAAACAUGUCCUAAUGCAGGACAACAGUGUCUCCUCUGUGUGUUGUUUAGGUCCAUGAGUUUUGGUUUGCAUGUUAUGUUCUGGAAGGAAAAGAAAAAACAUGACAAUCUCUGUAAACACCUGGUUGUCACUAGAGUAAAACCUAUUUUUUUAGAUUACUGUUUUAAGUAAAGAUCAGAUUGUAUUUUUUUAUGUAAUUAUGUAAUGAGCAGUGCACACUUACGGUGUUACGGUGUCUCCAUGCAGAGUGUGGAGACACUGAAUGUCUCCACCUCUAGUAGCCACCUGAGGAAUGGCCAGUGGAGGUGUCCCUAGGCUGUAAUGUAAACCCUGCAUUUUUUCUGAAAAGACAGUGUUUGCAGCUAAAAGCCGGCAGGGUCUGACAAUACUCAUCUGAACAAAUACAUUAAGCGGUAGUUGUUCUGGAGACUAUACACCAUAUUUUUGUGAUGGGACACCAUGACAAGUGUCACUUUUUGAGGCAGCCACACUGACAGAACUUCAAACUCUAUUUCCUAUAAAGCUGAGUUUCUUAAUGUAGGUAGCAUUCGUCACUGGUAGUGAUGUCCCGAACGGUUCGCUGAACGGUUCGCCGAAUGGUUCGCGAACGGUUCGCCACGAACGGUUCGCCACAGACUCAUCAUUGAGUAAACUUUGACCCUGUACCUCACAGUCAGCAGACACAUUCCAGCCAAUCAGCAGCAGACCCUCCCUCUCAGACCCUCCCACCUCUUGGACAGCAUCCAUUUUACAUUCAUUGUGAAGCUGCAUUCUUAGUGAGCUGUCCAGGAGGUGGGAGGGUCUGGGAGGGAGGGUCUGCUGCUGAUUGGCUGGAAUGUGUCUGCUGACUGUGAGGUACAGGGUCAAAGUUUACUCAAUGAUGAGUCCGUGGCAAACCGUUCGUGGAGAACCGUUUGCGAACCGUUCGGCGUACCGUUCGGGACAUCACUAGUUACUGGCAACAGCUUAGGCAUUGAGGCUCACAGAUAUAGAAAAAUGUCAGAUUGUGUCUCCAUACUAAAUAUAAAUAUUCAUUUACACUUUGUUAUAUUAAAGUGUCACUGUAAGUACCAUGACUACUUUACAAGGGUGAUUGUAGAUAGAACAUAUAUUGCCUGCUCUUAGCUCUGACAGUAGCUUAGACCUGUCAAUCAAGCAGCUCUGAGUGAUAUAUUAUCCGCAUUACACUCUUGUAUAAUCCAUUAAAAAAAUAAGGGGUCAGAAAAGACCAGUGUUGCUUUUAAACAAAGCUGUGACUGAUUACAUUAAUAAACACAUUAAUACAUUGGGUUUCUAUGCUUUUCAGGUAUUUCUUAGAACCUGAGGACUUUAGGACUGUGUGUAUAACAAAUACCCCAGAGUGUGAUUUCUCACUGGUUACAUAUGAAUCUAAACUACGUGUGAGAGCGGCGUUAUAUGCCAAUGUAUCGGACUGGGCCAAUAUAACAUUUGAUCCCUACAAACAAAGUAAGUAACUUUUGUUAAUCAAAACAACAGUUUUAACAUUUUAAAAAUUAUUAAACACCUCUAAUAAUGACAAGUAUCAUGUAAAUAACAGGAGGGUUUUAGCAUCACGGCAAUGGCAAUUAAAGUUUAAGCUCACCUGCCACGUCAAGACAAACCUCUUGUAUUUAUAAAUACUGUAUAUGUCUCAUAUUGUAUGUGUAAUAAUUAAAGUGUAUAUCUAUAAAUACUGUAUAUGUCUCAUAUUGUAUGUGUAAUAAUGUAUCUAUAAAUACUGUAUAUGUCUCAUAUUGUAUGUGUAAUAAUGUAUCUAUAAAUACUGUAUAUGUAUCUAUAAUUGUACUGUAUGUGUGGUUUAUAGCGUGGGUGUUACAGAGUAUUUGUAUUUGCUCUCCUUCCUGUUAAAAUAUUUUAUGAACAAGAAAAUACACCCAAUUAAAAUUAAAUAAAUCAAAAUAAAAUUGAUAAAUUAGUUGGACAGGCUUCUUAAAAGUACAAAUCCUGGGUACAUGUCGUGAUUUCUCUAUUCUUUAACGGUAACUAAUACGGAAAUUAACAUACGAUAAAGACUAUAAAAACAGAUGUUCUAGGAUAUAGAGUAAAAUAUUCAAUUACUAUUUGUUAAUAACAUAAUGUGGUGUUAUUUGUGUGCGUGCAGCUAUCCUGGGGCCUCCUGCCGUAAAAGUCACCCCAAGGGCAGGGACUCUCGAUGUCAGUUUCUGGGGUCCAAACGAGGAGUCUGAUGGCAGCUCCGUGAAGGACAAAUAUGGUUAUUUGCUGUAUAGAUUGGUCUACUGGAAAGAAAAUACCAACUCUGACGUAAGUAACUUUCACACACCUUCACUCAAGUGUUCUACUAGGCUUGACAAUGAGCCCUCCAGGGACAAAAAUGCACGUGGUCACAGGAGCCACAUUACCAAAAUGACACAAUAUUCUAGAACUCUGUGUUAUGUUAGUCUGACAUGUUUGUUUGCUCUAAAACUUACCUAUCCUCCUCCAUUUGGAAAAAUAAUCUACAGUAGAGAGAGGUACAGUAGAGAGAGGUUAAGUGCAUUAGGUACACAGUGUAUAUAUAUUUUAUUUAUAGAGCGCUAACAGGUGUACUUAGCACUGUACACAUAUUACAGUAGGGAGAGGUACAGUAAGUGCUUUAGGUAUACAGUGUAUAUAUCUUUUAUUUAUAGAGCGCUAACAGGUGUACUUAGCACUGUAUACAUUAUAUUACAGUAGAGAGAGGUGCUUUAGGUAUACAGUGUAAAUAUCUUUUAUUUAUAAAGCACUAACAGGUGUACUUAGCACUGUACCUAUUAUAUUACAGUAGAGAGAGGUACAGUAAGUGCUUUAGGUAUACAGUGUAUAUAUCUUCAAUUUUUGGAGCACUAACAGGCGUACCUAGCACCGUACACAUUAUAUUACAGUAGAGAGAGGUACAGUAAGUGCAUUCGGUAUACGGUGUAUAUAUAUUUUAUUUAUAGAGCGCUAACAGGUGUACUUGGCACUGUACACAUUAUAUUACAGUAGACAGAGGUACAGUAAGUGCUUUAGGUAUACAGUGUAUAUAUCUUUUAUUUUUGGAGCACUAACAAGCGUACUUAGCACUGUACACAUUAUAUUACAGUAGAGAGAGGUACACUAAGUGCUUUAGGUAUACAGUGUAUAUAUCUUUUAUUUAUAGAGCACUAACAGGUGUACUAAGCACUGUACACAUUAUAUUACAGUAGAGAGAGGUACAGUAAGUGCAUUCGGUAUACAGUGUAUAUAUCUUUUAUUUAUAGAGCACUAACAGGCGUACUUAGCUCUGUACCCAUUAUAUUACAAUAGAGAGGGGUACAGUAAGUGCAUUAGGUAUGCAGUGUAUAUAUCUUUUAUUUAUAGAAUGCUAACAGGUGCACAUAGCACUGUACACUUUAUAUUACAGUAGAGAGAGGUACAGUAAGUGCAUUAGGUAUACAGUGUAUAUAUAUUUUAUUUAUAGAGCGCUAACAGGUGCACUUAGCACUGUACACAUUAUAUUACAGUAGGGAGAGGUACAGUAAGUGUAUUAGGUAUACAUUGUAUGUAUAUUUUAUUUAUAGAGCGCUAACAGGUGUACUUAGCAGUGUACAUGUUAUAUUAGAGAAGAGAGAGGUAUAGUAAGUGCAUUAGGUGUACAGUGUAUGUAUUUUUUAUUUAUAGAGCACUUACAGGUGUAUUCAACACUUAACAGGUUACAUAACAAUAGAGGAAAGUACAGUAAGUGCAGUUAGUAUACAGUGCAAGUAUAUUAUACUUAUAUAGCACUGACAUGUGUACUUGGCACUUUACAUGUUACGUUAGAGUAACGGGAGAUACAAUAAAUGCAAUAGUUAUCAAGUGUUUAUAUAUAUAACAUUAACAGGUGUACUUAGCACUCUACAUGUUUCAUUACAGUAGCAGGAGGUACAGUAAGUGCACUAGGUAUACAGUGUAUGUAUAUUUUAUUUAUAUAGCGCUGACAUGUGUACUUAGCACUUUACAUGUUACAUUAGGGUAAAGGGAGGUACAGUGAAUGCAGUAGGUACACAGUGUAUGUAAAUUUUAUUUAUAUAGUGCUGACAUGUGUACUUAGCACUUUACAUGUUACAUAAGAUAAUUACAGUGAAUGCAGUAGGUAUACAGUGUAUGUAUAUUUUAUUUAUAUAGAGCUAAUAGGUGUACUUAGCACUGUGCAUGUUGCAUUACAUUAGGAGUUACAGUAAGUGCACUAGGUAUACAGUGUAUGUAUAUUUUAUUUAUAUAGUGCUGACGUGUACUUAGCACUUUACAUGUUACAUUAGGGUAAAGGGAGGUACAGUGAAUGUAGUAGGUACACAGUGUAUGUAUAUUUUAUUUAUAUAGUGCUGACAUGUGUACUUAGCACUUUACAUGUUACAUUAGAGUAAAGGGAGGUACAGUGAAUGCAGUAGGUAUACAGUGUAUGUAUAUUUUAUUUAUAUAGUGCUGACAUGUGUACUUAGCACUUUACAUGUUACAUUAGAGUAAAGGGAGGUACAGUGAAUGCAGUAGGUAUACAGUGUAUGUAUAUUUUAUUUAUAUAGUGCUGACAUGUGUACUUAGCACUUUACAUGUUACAUUAGAGUAAAGGGAGGUACAGUGAAUGCAGUAGGUAUACAGUGUAUGUAUAUUUUAUUUAUAUAGUGCUGACAUGUGUACUUAGCACUUUACAUGUUACAUUAGAGUAAAGGGAGGUACAGUGAAUGCAGUAGGUAUACAGUGUAUGUAUAUUUUAUUUAUAUAGUGCUGACAUGUGUACUUAGCACUUUACAUGUUACAUUAGAGUAAAGGGAGGUACAGUGAAUGCAGUAGGUAUACAGUGUAUGUAUAUUUUAUUUAUAUAGUGCUGACAUGUGUACUUAGCACUUUACAUGUUACAUUAGAGUAAAGGGAGGUACAGUGAAUGCAGUAGGUAUACAGUGUAUGUAUAUUUUAUUUAUAUAGUGCUGACAUGUGUACUUAGCACUUUACAUGUUACAUUAGAGUAAAGGGAGGUACAGUGAAUGCAGUAGGUAUACAGUGUAUGUAUAUUUUAUUUAUAUAGUGCUGACAUGUGUACUUAGCACUUUACAUGUUACAUUAGAGUAAAGGGAGGUACAGUGAAUGCAGUAGGUAUACAGUGUAUGUAUAUUUUAUUUAUAUAGCACUGACAGGUGUACGUAGCACUUUACAUGUUACAUUAGGGUAAAGUGAGUGUAGUAGCUAUACAGUAUAUGUAUAUUUUAUUUAUAUAGUGCUAACAGAUGUACACACAGGUGUACAUACACUUUUUAACUCCUGCAUUUACUGUACUUCACUCUACUGUAGAGGGAGGUUACAUUACAGUAAAGGGAGGUACAUAUAACUAUUGGAGCUCUAUGCAAUAUUGCUUUAUUUUGCAUCUGUAUAUUCUUUAUUUUCAAUGUUAUUUUUCAGGGUAAAAUCAUUGAGACCUCCCAAAACUAUGAAACAUUACCAGGUUUAGAAACAUGGACCACCUACUGCGUCAAAGUCCAGGUGUACGCUAAGGAGUUUGACAAUCUUGGGCAGUUUAGCCCUGUGAUUUGUCAGGAAACAACAGAUGACGGUGAGUAAACCGGUAAAUCUGUUUAGCAAGAAAAGCACAACCAUAGUCUCAGAGACCUCAAGGAGGAUGUUAAAAACAUAGGGGGAUUGGUCAAGGAGUGUCUGGAAGACCCAAGGGAAUGAUAGGAAGGAAGGUGGGUGGGUAAGCUAUACCAAUCUAUUGUAUGGCUCAGGGGUAGACACCCGGUUAGCAGCACUGUGCCAAAACAAGACUCUGAAGUUAUUUGGUGUGCCGAUCCUAUUUUUUCUUUUUUUUUAAAUUAACUUGUGUGUAUGUUACUGUUUGCUGCUUGUGUUAUGUACGGAUGCUGUGGUUGCUAUGUGGGCUAUGUUAUAAUGUGUAUAAGCAGUUUGUGGCUGUGUGUUAUGUAUGUAUGUAGGCUGGGUAUCAUGGUAUGUGUGUGAAUGUGGGUUGUGUAUGAGGGGCUGCUUGUGUGAUUGUGUGCGUGGGUUAUAUGUCAUAUGGUGUGCGAUGUUCUGUGUGUAUGUGGGCUAUCAGUGAUGCUGUGUUUGUGGGGGUUGUGAAGCUGUGUGUUUUUGCAUGUCUCCUGUAUGUUGCAUGUAUCUGUGUAUUUGCAUCUCUUACACACAAUCACAGACAAUGACAAUGAGAGACACACAUAGAAACACAUUCUAGCUAUACUUAUGGAAUACAUACACACACACAUUUCAAUAUACACUGCCAGACAAAAUGUACACUACAAAACACACAGCCAGACGCACACAAUCCAAUACACACAGGCAGACACACGCAAAACCUAAUGCACUCUGACAGAUACAUUGCCCCAGUGCACACUGCCAAGACACAGUUACACAUUGCCAUGCACACUGCUAGACUCACACAUAUUGCUACACACAACAUCACACUGUUAGACACAAACUGCAAGACACACACAAUCACACUGCUUAACACACAUACCACUACACCCACACAUUAACAUUGCUGUUAUUUUAGCCAACCUAAUUUUUCCUUAGCAGUGGGGGAUGCUUGUGACAUUGAGGACCAGGCUUACCAAGUACAGGGCAAGGGUUACCCCCCCAUCCCUCCUCCCCUUUGCAUACCUGAAGAAGUGCUACUGGGUUCUCUGUUAGGCCAGCCCUGUUGAAGGUCCUCAGAUCUGCCUAGCCUGUUUGAAUCUGGCAGCCUUGUGUGCCGUGUAAAGGCACCUCAUGUGCUAUAAAUUGCUGACCCUUGGUAUAGUAUCUAUAGAAUAAGUACAAAUGUCAUAGCAGCAAGAUACAGAUUCAAAUUGAAAGGGGCAUACUCAGACAGAUAGUCUAAUCAUUGGAACAAUGGUUCUUAACAAGAGGAUGGAUUCCUAUACAAUCUUAUUUAUAUUAUCAGUAAUACAUUGUUUACUGUUAUAGAACUUCCUUCCUUAGUACAAUGGAGACACUGUGAAGGGAGUGUAAUAAAAACACUUAAGUAUGUCCCCUUUUAUACUGAGCUGAUACUUUGUAAACAAAAAAAGAAGUUAAAAUCUAGUAUAGAAAGCCAUCCGAAUAUUAACAAUAUUAAUGGAACUAUAUCAGAAUGUGAAAAUAGAAAUUAAUGGAAAAAUAUCAUAAUAUGAAGAUAAACAUUAAGGAAAAAAAAUAAAAGCUGUGAAAUUCUCCCUAGUCUAACUGUAAAGGACAUGCCAGUAUAAUAACCAUGUUUCCACUUUCUGCUGAUGAUGAGAUAUAUUUUCUAUUUUAUAUUCCAGGUAAAAUCCCCGUGUGGAUGCUUGUCCUAGCCUUCCUAUUACCCAUGUUCUUGGUUAUUGCUGUAGUUAGCUCGCUAUUUUAUCUGGGACACUAUGUAUACCAGCAAGCACGUUUCGUGUAUUUUCCUUCAUAUUCCUUCCCACAACAUCUAAAAGAGGUUUGUACUUCAUUCUGAUCAUAAAAUGCUCAUGAAAUGUAUGGAGCUAGUACGUUCAUCACAUGUAUAGGUAUGGAACUAGUACGUUCAUCACAUGUAUAGGUAUGGAACCAGUACGUUCAUCACAUGUAUAGAUAUGGAACUAGUACAUUCAUCACAUGUAUAGGUAUGGAACCAGUACGUUCAUCACAUGUAUAGGUAUGGAACCAGUACAUUCAUCACAUGUAUAGGUAUGGAACUAAUACAUUCAUCACAUGUAUAGGUAUGGAACUAGUACGUUCAUCACAUGUAUAGGUAUGGAACUAGUACGUUCAUCACAUGUAUAGGUAUGGAACUAGUACGUUCAUCACAUGUAUAUGUAUAGAACUAAUAUGUUCAUCAUAUGUAUGUGUAGGCAACCCCACAGACUAUGUAUUUCUGAAGUUUCUCACAAGAUUAUUUAGAUCUAAAGUUAGAUUUAUUGGCAAUUCAAAGUGGAUUUCAAAUAUUGAGAUCAAAACAACUAAACUGGCCUUCCUAUUACCCAUGUUCUUGGUCAAUUUGACUACAUUGGCCUUAAAAUAUGAAAUCCAACACUAUAAAUUAGUCAUUUCCAGGGCAUUUAAUGGCCUUUAUUGACCACUGCUAUCUGCCUGAAGAUUCACGAUUUGUACAAUAGCUGAUAAUAUCUUUUUAUUUUAUUUUAUAUUUUCAGUUCUUGAACAAACCGUUCCAUAGUACAUUACAUCUACCACAACAGCCCACUGAGGAAGGUGGAGAGUCGUGUGAAGCCCUCAUGUUUGUGUCUGAAGAGACCGAAUAUCAAACUGACAAAGUAAAAGAAAAGCAACCGCAGACUAGCAACGGUCUAAAGACUAGCAGCGGUCUAGAGACUAGCAACGGUUCAAUUUGUACUCCUAGUUAUGUAACUGUAAGAACAAGUGUUUCACUCUAAAAGUGUACCUCACAACUUUAAAAUUCAGGAAAACUAUCUACUGCUGUCAUUUCUCAAUGGGCACGCACAGGAAAACAAUAAUAAUUAUGAUUUAAAAUAAAAGAUUAUAUGUAUUAUAACCAAUGUGUAUUGUUUUGUAAUGCAGAUAAUUAAUACAUCUCCUUUGCUUACCCUCGCUCUAUGGGGGCGGCCAUUUUAAGUCCUCUUUCUUUGGAAUCAUCGCCUAUCCAAAAAAUAAACUGACAGGUAACAAAGAUCUAAUGUGCAUUCAUGACGUCUGAUAUCAUGCACAAGGGCCACGCAUCUCCAAAAUGUAUUCCGGAGUGCUUUGAAACCUCUGAAUUGUACAUGGUCUUAGCAGAGUAUUGGUGUUUGUGACCAAAGAUGGCUGAAUAUGGCUGCCUCCAUGGAGCUAGGGUAAGGUCGUAGAUGCACUAAAAUAGUAAUUAAGUUGUAAAAAUUCAUAACAGAACAAAACAAAGCAAGGCUUUAUUACAUGAAAUCUUUCAUUUUUAGAAAUAAUCAAAAAUCGCAACAGUUUUCCUUCUAAACCAUUUACUGUUGUAAGAGCGCCAUUUUAUGGGCCAAUUUCAUAUUACUAAUGUUGCUUUGGCAUGUAUCCUGAAUCCGAGUCUGGACACCAAAGGACAUUCAAAAUCCCAAGUCCAUGACAUUCCUCCAUUUUGACCUGCAGCUGGAACGCUGCCUUUUAUUACUCCCAUGCUUCCCCAAAAGUUUCCCUGUGUCAGCCAUCAGUUGAUUGUGGUACGGUUCCUCUGGGCAGGUCUGUUACUAAUUAUGGAUGUCAUGCAGUUUUCUUCCUGGGUCCUUUAGCCCUUCUGUGAUAAAUAUCACUAUAUUCCGUUCUGUUAUUUGCCUUUUCUCUCUUUUAAUUUUUUUAAUUAUCCUACUGCUCACUUGCAAUUGCCCCGCUAAGCAACCCAGUGGUAUCUCACUUAUGUAUCCUCAUACAGUUCUGCUCUGCAAUAAUCCAUAUGGUCUCCUGGUUGACUUUAAUAGAACUGUAUUUCAGAUGAUCUACCUGUUAUUUCCUAUAAAAUGUGCAAAUGUGCUGAUUAUACAUCUGUGUAUACUUUUGUUGAAU